GCAAUCUCAUUUUAACCCAAAAUCCUCCCCACCAGAGGAAUUCCUUCACCAUCGCCAACAGUUUUCAACCAGAUUUUUAGAAAUCACGACCGAAGAUCACAAGGGAAAUAGUAUAUACAAAUAUAUAGUACAAGGGAGUCCAAGAGAGUCCCUUCAGUCUCUUUACGCGAUUGAAUUUAUCCGAAUAGGCACCGAGGGAGUCCACGAGUUCCAAUGGGCAAGAUUAGCGGUGAAGAAGGAUGGAUAUCUCUAGGGCCAUGGGGAGGACGAGGUGGUACAUAUUCAACUUACAAGCCUGAUGGACCUAUAGUGCAGAUAACUAUUCGUUAUGGAGAUGUUGUCGAUUCAAUUUUAUUUGAAAGUAAAAGGCGCGAUGGCGUCGUCAUAGGAAGCUCCGUAAAAAUUGGGGGUACCGGUGGUGGUUCGUCUGCAAAGUUCUCCAUCGACAGUUCAGUAGAGCAAUUCUCAUUCGUAAGCUUGACGUACAAAGACUACAGUAGAAAUUUGGUACUCUCAUCUCUCGGUUUUAGUACAAAUCUAAGAAACAUUGGGCCAUUUGGUAAGGGAGGGGGUCAAUAUGUGUCCAUUCCAAUAGAAGGGGAAAUCAUCACUGGUUUCCACGGACGUGGGGGAAGCGUACUUGAUGCAAUUGGUAUAUUUGUGGCACCCAAAGUCAAGAAGAUGGAGGAAGAGCUGAAGACUAAAGUCGAAGAGCUAAAGACUACAAAUAAAGAGUUGAAGGAGAGGGAGGAUGUAUUUCAAACGAAGAUGAAAGAGGUGGAAGCACAGAAUAAAGAACUAAAAGAGAGGGUCAAAGUGAUAGAAGUGACACAGAAUCAGGUGGUUGACUUACGAAAGAUAGAGGAAGAGCUGAAGAAUAAAAUCGAAGAGCUGAAGACUAAAAAUAAAGAGUUGAAGGAGAGGGAGGAUGUAUUUCAAACGAAGAUGAAAGAGGUGGAAGCACAGAAUAAAGAGCUGAAAGAGAGGGUCAAAGUGAUAGAAGUGACACAGAAGGUGGAGGAAGAGCUAAAGACUAAAAUUGAAGAGCUGAAGGAGAGGAAAGAUGUAUUUCAAACGAAGAUGGAAGAGGCAGAAGCACAGAAUAAAGAGUUGGGGGAGAGGAUCAAAGUGAUGGAAGUGACACAGGUGGUUGACUUACACAAGAUGGAGGAAGAGAUGAAGGCUAAUAUCGAAGAGCUGAAGACUAAAAAUAAAGAGUUGAAGGAGAAGGAGGAUGUAUUUCAAACGAAGAUGGAAGAGGUGGAAGUACAUAAUAAAGAGCUGAGGGAGAGGAUCAAAGUGAUGGAAGUGACACAGAGUCAGAUGGUUGACUUGCGGAUGAUAGAGGAAGAGCUGAAGACAAAAAUUGAAGAACUGAAGACUAAAAAUAAAGAGUUGAAGGAGAGGGAGGAUGCAUUUCAAACGAAGAUGGAAGAGGUGGAAGCACAUAAUAAAGAGCUGAGGGAGAGGAUCAUAGUGAUAGAGAAAAAGGGCAAUAUUAGCAGUGAAGAAGGAUUGAUAUCUCUAGGGAUACAGGGAGGGAAUGAGGGUGCAUAUUGGGCUUACAAGGCCAAUGGGCCUACAUUGCAAAUAAGUGUUCGUUAUGGACAAGUUAUCAAUUCAAUUUUGUUCAAAAGUAAAAGCUCUGAUGGCAUUGGACGCUCUGUGAAAAUUGGUGGUUCCGGUGGCUAUAUGACUGUAACGUUUUGCAUCGACAGUUCAGAAGAACAACUCUUGUCUAUAAGCAUAACAUACGAAGAAUUUCGUGGAGAAGAGACAAUCGUAUCCCUCUGUUUUAAUACAAAUCUGAGGAAAUAUGGGCCCUUUGGUUCGAGAACGGAUACUUCUUCUGUGUCAAUUCCAAUAGAAGAUGGAUUCAUCGCUGGAUUCCAUGGACGUGGUGGAAGCUUCCUUGAUGCUAUUGGUAUAUUUGCGGCACCCAAGGGCAGGAUUAGCGCUGAAGAAGGAUGGAUAUCUUUAGGGCCAUGGGGAGGGAAAGGUGGCGGAGAAUGGGCUUACAGGCCCAACGGGCCUAUAAUGCAGAUAACUAUUAGUUAUAAAGAUGCUAUCCAUUCAGUUUUAUUCGAAAGUAAAACCCGCGAUGGUGUUGUUAUAGGAAGCUCCAUGAAAUUUGGCUGUGACUUUGGCGGUGCGACUGAAACGUUUUGCAUCGACAGUUCAGUAGAGCAACUCUCGUCAAUAAACGUGACAUACGGAAUCUACUAUACAGUCCUUGUGAUCGUAUCUCUCAGAAUUAAUACAAAUCUAAAGAAAAAUGGGCCUUUCGGUUUGAAAUCCGGUGCUUAUUCUGUGUCCAUCCCAAUAGAAGGUGGUGUCAUUGCUGGAUUCCAUGGACGUAGUGAGGAUGGGUAUGAUCGAAUCAUUAAUGCAAUUGGUAUAUUUGUGGCACCCAAAGCCAAUAGUUUGCCAAGUUCAGAAAAAAAAGUUGAUAGUUUGCACCUAGUUCAAGACCCAGAUUCUGUGCCAGCCCAGCUCAAGGGCAAUAUUAGCGAUGAAGAAGGAUUGAUAUCUUUAGGGCCAUGGGGAGGGAAAGAUGGUGUAGAUUGGACUUACAAGCCCAACGGGCCUAUAAUGCAGAUAAGCAUUUGCUAUGGAGAAGCUAUCAAUUCAAUUUUAUUCCGAAGUAGAAGCUGCGAUGGCUUUGUUAUUGGAAGCUCUGAGAAAAUUGGCGGUCCUGGUGGCGAUACGACUAAAACUGAAAUGUUCUGCAUCGACAGUUCAGUAGAGCAACUCUCGUCUAUAACCCUGGAGUACAAAGAUUACUAUGGACAACUGGUAAUCACAUCUCUCUGUUUUGAAACAAAUAUUGGAAAAAAACAUGGGCCUUUUGGUUCAGGAUCGGGUGCUUCUUCUGUGUCCAUUCCAAUAAAAGGUGGACUCAUCGCUGGAUUCUUUGGACGUGGUGUAACUGGAACCUAUCUUACUGCCAUUGGUAUAUAUGUAGCAUCCAAAGUCAAUGAUUUGCCUAGUUCAGAGAAAAAAUUCGAUGGUUUCGAGGUCUGCAAGCAUGCAUUUUCGAUUGCCCGUGUUUAUGCUAUGGAUGCUCUAGCGAGGCCUUUUCAGGAGAUUUUGGAGUUGAUGGCCAAGCAGCUAGAGUGCAGUGUGGAAUUUUGGUUCCUUGCAAUGCCCUGGAUUACGUAUAUGAUCUUGCGAUUUCCAUUUGGGAAGAGUUUUGGCGAAGCUCCAAGUCUUUACUUGAGUCUUAUAGCCUUUCUGGCAAAUUGUGUGCAUUGGGGGUUCCUGCUUUCCGGAAGCGUAUUGGGGUUUAUUUCGCUUGUAGCCAUUUCGUUGAGGGAACAUUUAAGUGAUUUACAAGAAAUUGGAUGGCAGAAUGCCGACAGAGAAGAUGGAGAUAGAAAUGGUGCUCGUGCUGCUAGAAGACCUCCUGGACAUGCUAAUAGGAAUUUGGCGGGUGAAGCAAAUGGGGAAGAUGGUGAUGGGGCACAAGGAGUUGCCGGAGCUGGGCAAAUAAUCAGAACGAAUGCAGAAAAUGUUGUUGCUUGGCUGGAAAUGCAGUCAGCUCGUCUUGAGGCUCAAGUCAAACAAAUGUUAGAUGGUUUGGAUGAUGCUGAUGGUGCAACUUACACACUCAUUGACAAGCUUAGCUAUGAAGAAGGAUGGAUGUCUUUAGGGCCAUCUGGAGGGAAAGACGGUGUAGAUUGGGAUUGCAAGGCUAACGGACCCAACAGUGAAGAAGGAUGUGAGUCUUUAGGGCCAUGGGGAGGGAAAGACGGUGUAGAUUGGACUUACAAGGCCAACGGGCCCAUAAUGCAAAUAAGUAUUUGUCACGGAGAAGAAGCUAUUAAUUCAAUCUUAUUCCGAAGCUGGAGCUAUGAUGGAAUCGUCAUAGGAAGCUCCGAGAAAUUUGGCGGUACCGGUGGCAAUAUGACUGAAACGUUCUGCAUCGACCGUUCAGAAGAGCAACUCAUGUCCAUAAGCCUGAAAUAUGAUUACUUCCAUGGAAAAGUGACAAUCACAACUCUGUGUUUCAACACAAAUUUGAAUAAAUAUGGGCCAUUUGGUUUGAGAUUGGAUCAUUAUCCUGAGCCCAUUACAAUAGAUGGUGGAGUCUUCGGUGGAUUUCAUGGACGUACUGAUGGUAGACACAUUAUUGCAAUUGGUGUAUUUGUGGCACCCAAAGUCAACAGCUUGCAUUCAAUUCAAGACCCAGAUUCUGCACCAAUCCAAUUCGAGGUGUUAGGUUCAGGUGAGGGUUCCAAACCCAAAACGCUUGGGACUCCAACCGUCAAAUCUAAGCGGUCAUUACGAUUUUUGGUACCAAAAUUCAAGGCCGAUUUUUGUGGUUCCAAACCGAAAACUCUUGAGAACAUCACGAUCCACAACGCUGCUUCAAGCAGUGCAACCACCAACAAAGAUGACCACCACGGUGGAGCUCCUUCCCCCUCUUCUGAAAUGAUCCCUUUGGCCACCAACAUAGACGGCCACCAUGGUGGAGCUCUUUCCCCCACUUCAAAAAUGAUCCAUAGUGAUCUCAUCCUUCUGGAUAUGGCGGCAGAGUCCAUGCACCAUAUGAAUGAGAAAAUCAACCAAGCCCAUGAGAAAUUCAAGGAGUUACAAAUAUUACCGAGUAGUGAGAGAGACCCUGACAAACGACGAAAGGCCGACUCUGACAAAAAAGAACUACGAAAGGCCAUCACAGAGUUGAAAGUCCAGAUCCGUUCGCACAAUAAAAUCCGUUCUACCAAUUCCAACCCACAUCAUCAGAAUUGGGAUAAUAUAAACAAGGCAGAGGAUGGAAUGACACACUUCUUCCACAGGGAGCCAGAGGUUGCAGACACUGGUGAGAGUAAUAGCCUAUUGAAAGAUUUCCGCGACCUUCCCGAGCCAUUGCGUUGUUGUUUGUCAUGUUUCUUCAAGUUCCCACCAAUGGCAGUCAUAAAGAGAACACCCAUGAUUUACCUGUGGAUAGGGCAGGGAUAUAUUUCCAAGUAUCUCCAUUCUGAAGGGUACAUUUGGGAUGUUGAAGUGCAUGCUGGCAAGAUCUUUGAUAAGCUUAUUACAAAGGGCUUCAUCGAGCCUAUCUACCAAAAUUGCUCCUUGGUGCCAGACAGUUGCACGAUGAACCUUUCUGUUCGUUCUUCUAUAUACAAAGAAGCUAAAGGUAUGGGAUUUACUUCAAAUGGCAAUUUUGACUUGGAUGAUGCAUCUAUUUGUGGCGAUCUAAUUAGGCACUCAUGUCUAGUCAAUGUUGGUGAGGCCAUUAUUAAGUGCAAGUCUGAAACAUUUGAGAAUAUGAAGCAUAUUCAAAGUCUUUAUCUCGGCAGGUGGCAGAGCUCAGCUACGCACCACAUUGAACUAGAGAACGCCAAAAUUCUCCACGGACUGAAUAAGCUGAAUGGCUUAACUUUUCUUAGCCUUCGAGGAAUUUCUAUGAUUACAGAGCUUCCCACAUUCAUUUCAGAGCUCCAUAAUUUGAUGAUAUUGGAUCUCCGAGCUUGUCAUAAUCUUGAGGUGGUUCCCAACAACAUUGGUUUGCUCAAGAGUUUGACACAUUUGGACCUGUCCGAGUGUUACUGUUUGGAACAUAUGCCGAAGAGUCUUGCUCAACUAUCAAACCUCCAAGUACUUAAGGGAUUCUUGAUUGGAGAUUUCAAUAACAACGGAUCAUGUAGUCUGCUUGAUUUGUUAGGACAACGGAAGUUGAGAAAGCUUAACAUCCACAUAAUUGUUAAAGAUCUUCUCAGGCUGCAGGACUUGGAGUAUUUAGAAAGGUUUGAAGGCCUAAAAAAGUUGAAAAUAUCAUGGGGAAGAUUACAAGCUCGAGCUGAAGUCAUUGCAAAAGCAUUUCCCUUUGCUAGGCUUCCUCCGAGACUACAAAAACUAGACCUUCAGUGUUUCCCUAUGACGAGUACUACCAAUUGGCUAAUGCCUGGGAAACUUAAGGAACUAAAGAAACUCUACAUUAGAGGAGGUCAACUACGUGAUCUAGGAGAAAUUCAGAGAUGCCAAGAGGAGCAGUUGACUGUGGAGAUAUUACAUUUGGAGUACUUGAGCGAAUUAGAGUUGUAUUGGAAAGAACUGAGGACAGUAUUUCCCAAGUUAAUUUACUUGCACCAAGUAGGAUGCCCCAAGUUCAUAAACUUCCCGUGUGGUGUGUGGAUAAACAAAAUGGCCAUUAAUACUCACGUGCAGCUGCAGAAAUACUACCAGAGAACCAGUGAGCCUGAUCAGCUCAAGUUCGAUGAGGGGCAAUUUUGUGUAAGUGCUUAGCUAAGAGAUAAGAUCAGUUAAGGGAAAGUUAAAUCAUGGCUUUAACUUACUCCUACAGGAGCCUCCUUAAGCAAAGUAGGUUCUUCCACGGCUUCUUUAUCUUGUAUUUUCUUUCUUGUUCUUCCUCUCUAUAACUUAGAUUUUUCACCAAUAAACAAUUGUUAAAUCAUCAAA